CUGUUCCUCGAUUGCAUCUUCUGAGCUUUCCUUGCUUCGCCGCCAUAUUCCGUGCUCCGUCUGUGGCUCUCCACCACUAGAUCUGCCACGUGGCCCUCGAUGGCCACGUUACACGACGACAACGACGCGGCCACCCCAUCGUCCGGCCACCUUUACAAUCCGUACGCCGAUCUCUACCCUAACCUCGACGCGCGAUCGAUCCAGGGCAUUUAUCGCCUACCCGACGCGCCCGAGUUUCUCUUCACGGAGGAAGCGGCCGUGCAGCGGCGAAGCUUCGGCGACAAUCUCACCUUCUUCACCGGCUGCGGGUACCUCGGCGGGGCACUCUUCGGCGGAAUCCGCGGAACGGCGGAGGGCCUCCGCUCGUGGGAGGCGGGGGAUUCCGCCAAGCUGCGCGCGAACAGGGUUCUCAACGCGGCGGGGUCGCGGGGGAGAUCCGCGGGGAACGCGCUGGGGAUCGUGGGGCUGCUGUACUCGGGGAUCGAGGGCGCAGCGUAUCACUAUCGCGGAGGCGUGGACGAUCCGUGGAAUGCGGUGGCAGCAGGGCUGGGCACCGGCGCGCUUUAUAAAGCCGCGGCGGGGCCUAGGACAGCGGCUAUCGCGGGUGCGGUUGGGGGUAUAGCGGCUGCUGCGCUGACCGCGAGCCGACACGUGGCGAAGCGCUACGUGCCUAUAUAGCUGACUGAUGUUUUAGGUCUUAUAGUUGAUAUUAUUCCCUCUGCUUCUAGCGUUUCUCAGCGACGAUCACUUUUCCAUGUGUCCCCCCCACCUUUUCUGAGGCGCUUUGAAGAUCCUCCCCGCUCCACUAUUUGCCGAUAAAGCGCUGCUGGUCUUUUUCCGCUGCUGCUCGCUAGUGCCGCGGUCUGGUCGCUCCUGCGACCCGCGUUUCUCCCAUACGCUGCUGCGAUUUGCGGCCUGAUCGGGUACCGGUGGCAAGGGGGAGAGUCUUUUCUCCUCAACGACUGUUUCGAGGCACCUGUUUCUAAACGCCUGCUUCGAGACACCGUACAGCAAGCUGAUCUGCUACUGGCGCGAGGGCGGUGUAGCAGAGCUUGUAUCGAAGCAGAGCUUGUAUCGAGGAGAAUGGUGUAGAUUGAGGAGGAUCUAUCGCGACCUCCUCGUCGCGCCCCUCCUCGUAGAUCUAGAUCCCACGCUCCUACUCCGCUCCGCUCACCAGCUCUCUUGCUUCGCUACGCUCCGCUCCAGCCACCAGCCCUCUUACUUCGCUGCGCUCCGGUCACCAGCUGUCGCAGCUCGCUCUAGGUUUCCAGGCACGUCAGCCAGUUGACUCCAGCAUUCAGUCGCUUUCCCGGGCCCGGGGUUUCAGGCGCCGUCAGCCAGUUGCUCCCGCUCUAGAUCUUCACGUACUUGACUGCCACGUGGCAGUCAGUUGCUCCCGUCUUAGAUCUACACGUUCUUGACUGCCACGUGGCUGCUUAGCGUCAGCUGCGAGUCCUGUUGACGUCGUUUCGUCCUGCUGUUCCUGGAUUCGCUUCUGAGCCGAGUAGCGGGUUGUCCAUGGUUUUGCUCUUAAGUUGAGAAGCACACACUCCCUGGUUUCUCCCAGGGCGUGGCGUCGGUGGCGGAUCGGUGCGAGGAGGACCCUUGGAAGCGGCGGAUGGAGGUUCUAGGGCCUUUCUUUGGUAUCAAUUCGGAGCUGGGAGAGCGAGGAAACCCAGGAAAGCAUUUACAGGGUGGGGGUUGAAGGGUUGUGGGCUUGGGGGAGGGCGAGGGUUUAGGGACGGCUGCAAGCUUGUAAUGGGAAUCAGUUCAGGGGUAGGGAAGCCCUUGAAGGGACUGUGUGAGGGUGUAGGGCAGGGAACAAUGCGGUGGAGGGAGGGGGUGGGGGAAGAAGAUGGGUUAAGAGAGAGCAUGGGGGGUUUUGAGGGCUUGGAUGGGGAAGGAAAGGGAAGUGGUGGGGAGGGGAAGGGAAGGGGAAGCAUGGGUGGUUGGGGCUGGGAGGGAGCAGGGGGGAGGGGAUGAUAUGGAGGGGCAUGGAGUAUGGAGAGAGCACAGGUGGUGAGGUGAUGGAUGGUGGAUGGACGGUGGAUGGACGGUGGAUGUACGAUGGAUGGACGAUGGAUGGAUGAUGGAUGGAUGGAGGAUGGAUGGACGAUGGAGGCAUGGUUUAGUUGUGCUUGUGAGGGAUAAGCAUGAAGAGUGGAGAGAACAAAGGGUGGCCAUGAUCUAGCCUGGUGGAACCAAGCGAAAAAAGUCAGCGGAAGACUUCACACCUUGUGUUCGAAAUGUCCGAAUGAUAAGGAUAAUAAUAAUGAGUGGUACAUGCAUAUUCAUAGUCUAGGGAG